GGGCCGGAGGCGGGGCGGCGGCAGGAAGCGGCCGGAGCGGCGCUCGGAGCGGCCUGGGCCCGGCGGAGCCCGGGGAGGCCCGGCCGCCUCGCUCAGCCGCGGGGUGCUGCACCGGGGACCCCAGGGACCGGCGCGCCCCCGAGUGCAGCGCGCGACGCGGGAGGUGCCAUGGCCUCGCGGCUCCUGCACCGGCUGCGGCACGUCCUGGCCGGCGAUGGCCCCGGGGAGGCAGUGGCCGGUGCCGAGCCCGAGCAGUUCCCGGAGAGCUCGGAGCUGGAGGACGACGACGCCGAGGGCCUGUCCUCCCGCCUCAGCGGCACCCUUAGCUUCACCAGCGCCGAGGACGACGAGGACGAGGACGAGGACGACGCCGAGGAGGCCGGACCCGACCCGCUGGCCCCCGGGGGCGAGGCCUCGGGCGAAGACGCAGAUCAGAGCCCCCCACCUGACGGGCAGCGGAGCAGUCAGCUCCUGGCCAAGCAGCUGCAGGAUUUCUGGAAGAAGUCUCGGAACACCCUGGUUCCCCAGCGGCUGCUCUUCGAGGUGACCAGCGCCAACGUUGUCAAGGACCCGCCCUCCAAGUACGUGCUCUACACCCUCGCCGUGACGGGCCCAGGGCUGCCAGCCCAUCAACCAGCCCACAUCUCUCGCCGCUACUCGGACUUCGAGCGACUCCACCGAAACCUGCAGCGUCAGUUCCGGGGCCCCAUGGCUGCCAUCUCCUUCCCCCGUAAGCGCCUGCGCCGGAAUUUUACUGCAGAGACCAUCGCCCGCCGCAGCCGGGCCUUUGAGCAGUUUUUGGGCCAUCUGCAGGCAGUGCCUGAGCUGCGUCACGCCCCAGACCUACAGGACUUCUUCGUGCUGCCGGAGCUGCGACGGGCGCAGAGCCUCACCUGCACUGGCCUCUACCGGGAGGCUCUGGCGCUCUGGACCAACGCCUGGCAGCUGCAGGCCCAGCUAGGCAACCCCUCUGGCCCAGACCGCCCCCUGCUGACCCUGGCUGGACUGGCUGUGUGCCACCAGGAGCUGGAGGACCCUGGAGAGGCCCGCGCCUGUUGUGAGAAGGCCCUGCAGCUGCUGGGGGACAAGAGCCCCCACCCUUUCCUGGCACCCUUUCUGGAGGCCCACGUUCGGCUCUCCUGGCGCCUGGGCCUGGACAAACGUCACUCAGAGGCCCGACUCCAGGCCCUGCAGGAGGCAGGCCUUACGCCCAUGCCACCCCCCAGUCUCAAAGAACUGCUCAUCAAGGAGGUGCUGGACUAAUCCUUGCUUAGACUGAGGGUCACUGCCCCAAACGGGGGCAAGACCCUGCUGAGGACAUGGAGAGCAGCUGGGGCCCCUGAAAUGUCCACAGAGAGGAUCUGUAGCAGAGUGAGGAGACUGAAUUCUGGUGAGCAGCGCUCAGGACGCCCCGGAAUGGUGCAGGGAGGAAACUGGACGCAGCCUCUCUCUGGCUUAUAAACAGUCAGGGGCUAGGGCCAACUCAGGGCCAGCGUUUCGUUUCCCACAGACCUCCGAGCCAGCCAGGCAGCCUGGCUGAAGAGCGAGGGACUCUGCCCUGGAGUCCUGAAGUUGAGGGAUGGAGGGAGGGCUGCAGGUCUGGCCCGGGGGAAUUAAAGGCCACUCCAGCGG